UGGGAACUGGUACCUAGAGAUGCUGUCGCCUCAGGGACCAGAGGGUUGAAAAUUUGUAGAAUCCUGAGGCAUUCAGACUGAAAAAGACUUUCCUGUCUCACUGACAAUCUCCAUCAUGAUUCAUAGCCUUUUCUUGAUCAACUCCUCCGGAGAUAUUUUCCUGGAGAAACAUUGGAAAAGUGUUGUCAGCCGUUCUGUUUGUGAUUACUUUUUUGAGGCACAAGAGAGAGCUACUGAGGCAGAAAACGUACCACCAGUUAUCCCUACCCCUCACCACUAUCUCUUGAGUGUAUACCGGCACAAGAUCUUUUUUGUGGCUGUGAUCCAGACGGAGGUCCCACCUCUAUUUGUCAUUGAGUUCCUUCACCGGGUAGUAGACACAUUUCAGGAUUAUUUUGGAGUCUGUUCAGAGCCAGUGAUCAAAGACAAUGUGGUUGUGGUUUAUGAGGUAUUGGAAGAGAUGCUUGAUAAUGGGUUUCCAUUAGCUACCGAGUCAAACAUCCUCAAAGAACUGAUAAAGCCUCCCACUAUCCUUCGAACAGUUGUCAACACCAUAACAGGAAGUACCAAUGUGGGUGACCAGCUUCCCACUGGGCAGUUGUCAGUGGUGCCAUGGCGACGGACUGGGGUGAAAUACACCAACAAUGAGGCCUAUUUUGAUGUGAUUGAAGAGAUUGAUGCCAUCAUUGAUAAAUCAGGUUCCACAAUUACCGCUGAGAUCCAGGGGGUGAUUGAUGCUUGUGUCAAACUGACUGGAAUGCCAGACCUUACGCUUUCCUUCAUGAACCCCAGGUUGCUGGAUGAUGUCAGCUUCCAUCCUUGUGUUCGUUUUAAGCGCUGGGAAUCUGAGCGUAUCCUCUCCUUCAUCCCUCCUGAUGGAAACUUUCGCCUGCUCUCUUACCAUGUCAGUGCCCAAAAUCUAGUGGCAAUUCCAGUGUAUGUCAAACAUAACAUCAGUUUCCGGGACAGUAGUUCACUUGGACGCUUUGAAAUAACAGUGGGACCUAAGCAGACUAUGGGCAAGACCGUCGAGGGAGUGAUUGUCACCAGCCAGAUGCCCAAAGGAGUCCUGAAUAUGAGCCUCACUCCGUCUCAGGGAACACACACAUUUGACCCAGUUACGAAGAUGCUGUCUUGGGAUGUAGGAAAAAUAAAUCCCCAGAAGCUACCAAGUUUGAAGGGGACCAUGAGUCUUCAGGCUGGAGCUUCCAAACCAGAUGAGAACCCCACAAUUAACCUGCAGUUUAAGAUCCAGCAGCUGGCCAUUUCUGGACUCAAAGUAAACCGUCUGGAUAUGUAUGGAGAGAAGUACAAACCCUUCAAGGGCAUAAAAUACAUGACCAAAGCUGGAAAGUUCCAAGUUCGAACCUGAAGGGAGUUUGGCAGAGGGAACCAUCACAAACACUUUUUCAUUUCUUACUUGUCUAAAAGUAAAAAAAUAUCAACCUGUCUCCUAGGUCAGUCCCCUUCUGGACCCGCCCACUCCCGUUUUUCCUUAGCCUUCAGCGCCAUGGAACUACUCAAGGGGAGAAAGGGUCGCGAGGGAGGCUGGGGCAGAAUUGAAACACGGUCAGCCCCAGCUCAGUUCUUAGAGCUGGGCGAUGGAGGCCAGAGUUACUUGAUACCAUAUUUAACUGUUUUUAAUGUGGUUACCAUAGGAAAACACUGGCAUUUGUACUUGCUUGGCUUUAAUUAUGUAAAGCCAAUGAAAGACUUUUUUGCUAUUGUUUUUUAAGGUAGAAGGAAAGAAAGAGA